AUACGAAGAGGGCCAUUUGAUUAUUCUAUGUGAAGUGGCGGAAUAGAGUGAUCAAAGAAAAUCGUUUAUCUCGUCAAGUUUUGUGGGGAGGAAAUGGAUGUUAUUCUUACCAUAUACAACUAGGAAAAUAUGUAGCCAUUGACUUGAAAGAAAAGCAAAUUGAGCAAUUACCAGAUAUGGGAGGAAUAAAAGAAACAUGGGAAAUGUCAUAUAAAGCAGAAAAUGGAUCAAUUUCUAGACUCUUAUUAAUCAAGACCAAAAGAACACCACAAGAUUACAGAAGUCCUGGUUUAGAGGAGUUACAGAUUAAAAUCAGUGACUUUAUUACAAGCUUUUCCAUUUCGGUACUGAAAGAUGAGGCUGGUCUUCUUUACGUAAAUUUGCCACAAUCGACGCUACCUUUUACAAGAAAGACAAGCUAUGUAUUAAGUAGCGUUUUAGAAACGGAUGUUUAUAAGUAUGAAUCUGCAACAAGGACGCGUCUUAUAGUUAAGGAGGAGUGGAAGAAAAUGAGAGGGAAUGAAUUAAUGCCUUUCAUGGCGACCGUGGCAUUCUAUUAUACUUACGGAACAUAUAUUGGCCUUUCUAUUGUGAUUUAUAUUAGGGUUUCAGAUGAUGGGUAUUUGGAUUUGGAUGUGGAUGGCCCUAUCCAACACCCUACUUCUGCAUUGUUUUACAUGUUUGAUGAAGUUACUAGAACCGGCCUUUGGAAGCCCACCAUGUGUCCUCAUUGUGCUGCUGUUAAGAAGCAACGUAGCAAGUAGCAGCAUGUUCUCACAAUCUGACAUUGAAGGAAGUGACAAUUCUCUACCAACAAAAUUUCAUGGCCACACUCAUAGUGGAAGGAAGAAGCGUUCUUGCAAAUGAUGGUGCCAUUAGUGACAAUAAUAACCAAAAUUUAUAUGUGAAGCGACUUAUUCUGGGAAGAGAAUGAGGUAUUUUGUUUGUACUUUCUUUUUCCUUCCCUUCUUUCAGUACAAGGUGGGUUGUAUUUGUAUUUGGUCGAGAAAUUUAUUUGUAUAAUAUAUAUAAUUAAGAGAAAAAAAAAAGGAAAGAGAGAAGUGAACUUAGUUAAGUGCAAUUUGCUUCUCAAAUUGCCAUUAUAGG